ACUUUUUACUUUUGGAUUACAUAUGGUAGUUUUUUUCAACAAAGGACCACAGGUAACUGCUCCUGCUGGGUGCUUUAGUAUUCUUAAUCCACCUGGAGCUCGGAUGGUGCUGAAGGACAAACUGCAACCCUGACAUGGCUCCUUUGUAGAAAAACUGCUCCAGUGAUGGCUUGGAGUCGUGCUGUUACCUGUCCAGCUUUGGACUAGAGGGAGACAUUCCCAUUUACAGAGAAACUCUCACGCUAAACAGCCACCACUAGCCUUCUGUGUGUGAAGCAUCUAAACAGCUGUGUGAGAAAAUGACACAACACAUAGACCCCUGCUGUCUGCACAACCUCUCCUACCACCCGCGAUGGCAGCACAACUUCAUAAAAUGGAGGAGAAAAAAACAUAUAUGGACCGACACUUUCAGCGGAUGUAGUCGAUUUGAAUCUUUAUCAGCAUCGUCAUCAUUGUCAAAAAGGUCAUUAUCAUCCAGACCACAGUUGCUAUCAUCUGCCCUGCAACACACCAGGAGCUGGUGGAGGAACUGGUUUAUUUUGCCCUUCCUCAUAGUCUCAUUUUUCCCCCAUCAAGCCUCUGCAACCACUUUCACAAUGGCUCUAGUUGGACCCUGGACAUGUGACCUACUAUAUUCAAAAGCCCUCCCUGACUUGGCUGCCAGCCUUGCCAUCAACCGCAUAAACAAGAACACCUACCUCAAUAAAGGCUACUGGUAUGACUACAAGCUGAUCAAUGAGGACUGCAAGUCAUCCCGUGCCCUGGCUCGCUUUGCUGGGCUGAAAGGUUAUGCAGCUGCUUACUUGGGCCCAGCCAACCCAGGCUACUGCUCCUCAGCUGCUUUGUACGCCAAAGAGUGGGAUCUUGGGCAUCUUUCCUGGGCCUGCCUCACACCCAAUAUGAAUAAAGGACAUAUGUAUCCUAGUUUCAUAAGGCCACUGCCACUCUCCUCUCAUGUAAUUUUUACAGUGUUGCGAUUUUUUCGGUGGGCCCACGUGGCCAUAAUCUCAGAGGAGUCAGACUUGUGGGAAGCCACAGGGCAUGAGCUGGCUUCUUCACUUAGGGCCCUCGGCCUGCCUGUUAAACCGGUGGUCACAAUGGAGAACAACAAAGAAGGGCCUCGGGCAGCUUUGACAAAAGUGCGGGAGACAGACCGGGUCAGAGUGGUCAUCAUGUGCAUGCCCUCAGUCCUGAUUGGUGGCCAAGCCCAGUACCAACUUCUGACAACAGCCUUGGCUAUGCGCAUGAUUGAUCGUGGCUAUGUGUUCAUUCCCUACGACACCCUACUCUACUCACUACCCUACAAUGAUGCACCCUACUAUAUGCUGGGCAAUGACACCAAGCUCCGGAAAGCCUUUGAUGGAGUUUUAACUAUCACCAUGGACUCUGGUGAACGCAAUUUCUAUGAGGCCUUCAAACAAGCACAGGACAGCUUUGAAAUACGUACCAGCACUCCCCCAGAGCAGGUUUCUCCAUUCUUUGGCACCGUCUACAAUAUGAUGUACUACACAGCUAUGGCUGUUGAGCAGGUCCGCGAUAGAGAAGGUCGCUGGGUAACUGGUCGGAUCCUGGCCGAUGGCGAGGGUGGCUUUGAGUUUGAAGGAUUCAAUCAGCCCUUGAGGGCUGGCAGGAACGGUGAAGGCAUGCAAGCUCAAUAUGUGGUCCUGGACUACAGCGGCAUUGGCAACACCCUGUACUCCACUCAUUCGCUUCAUGCUUCUCACACGGACAGCAAGAGCGGGGGCUUGAAAUAUCUCGGCCGUUCAAUCCAUUUUGCAGGGAGCACUCCCUACAAAGACUCAACCUGCUGGUUUAGCCCAUACUUUGCCUGUACUGGAGGCAUACAUUCGGCUGCUGUCUUCUUGCUUUUCCUGAUGUUCAUUUCGUUGAUUGGAUUUUUAGUAAACGUCUUUCUUCGCUACAGGAGAGAUGGCAAAGUUGGGUUCAGCUUUGGAGGUGGUGGCCACAGUAGUGGAUCGACAAAGGUGGUGCUGAACCUUGAUGACCUGGUCUUCAUCAAUACCCAAGUCAGCAAGCGGAAGCUAAAUGAUGACAGUAUAGCAAAAAGCCAGGGGGAUAUGAAGACGCCUCACCACUCAGUGUCCGGCCGUAGCUACUUGGCCUCCACGCCAGACAGCUCGAAUAUUGCUGUUUUUGAGGGUGACUGGGUUUGGCUGAAGAAAUGCCCUGCUGGAUCAGUAUCAAACAUCUAUAACAGCACUGAGAAUGUCUUUGUCAAGCUCAGAGAAAUGAGGCACGAGAACCUCAAUCUGCUACUGGGGCUGUUCUUCGACUCUGGGAUCUUUGGCGUUGUGAUCGAGCACUGCACCAGGGGCAGCUUGGAGGAUUUGCUCAGCAAUGAAGAAGUGCGUCUCGACUGGAUGUUCAAGUCUUCCUUGUUAUCGGAUCUGAUCCGGGGUAUGAAGUACCUGCACCAUCGCGAUAUCAUCCACGGUCGACUCAAAUCCCGUAACUGUGUGGUAGAUGGGCGUUUUGUGCUGAAGGUGACAGAUUACGGGUUCAACGAGAUUUGGAUUGUCCAAAAUAUUGACAAAGAUGAAAAGCCAGAGGAUCUACUUUGGACGGCUCCUGAGCUGCUGCGAAGUUCUAGUCAGAGGAGGAGGGGCACUUUUGCAGGUGAUGUCUACAGUUUCUCCAUUGUUUGCCAGGAGGUCAUCGCUCGCUCUGCACCUUUCUGCAUGUUGGACAUGCCUCCCAAAGAGAUUAUCAACAAGGUCAAGGAGCCUCCGCCUUUGUGUCGGCCUGUCAUAUCAGUGGAGCAGGCCCCGGUGGAAGUGAUACAGGUCAUGAAACAGGCCUGGAGCGAAGAACCAGAGCGGAGGCCGACCUUUGAUGAGAUCUUCAAACAGUUCAAGAGCAUCACCAAGGGAAAGAAAACCAACAUCAUUGACUCCAUGCUGCGCAUGUUGGAACAGUACUCCUCCAACUUAGAGGAUCUGAUCAGAGAGAGGACGGAGGAGCUGGAGGUGGAGAGGCAGAAGACUGACAAUCUGGUGGCUCAGAUGUUGCCCAAGUCUGUGGCCCAGGCACUGAAGACCGGCAAGCCUGUCAAACCAGAGCAUUUCAGUCAGAUCACGCUGUACUUCAGUGACAUUGUGGGCUUCUCCACCAUUUCAUCUCUUAGCGAACCCAUUGAGGUGGUCAACCUACUCAAUGACCUCUACUCACUUUUUGAUGCUAUCAUUCUGCUGCAUGAUGUCUACAAGGUGGAAACUAUUGGAGAUGCCUACAUGGUAGCCUCAGGGGUCCCCAACAGGAACGGCAAUCGCCAUGCAGCUGAAAUGGCCAACAUGUCUCUUGACAUCCUCCACUGCAUUGGAACCUUCAAGGCGAGGCACAUGCCUGAUCUCAAAAUCAGAAUACGUGUUGGCCUGCACAGUGGCCCAGUUGUAGCAGGAGUAGUUGGCCUUACGAUGCCUCGGUACUGUCUGUUUGGAGACACUGUCAACACAGCAUCUCGAAUGGAGUCCACGGCGUUGCCUUACAGAAUCCAUGUCAACCAAAGCACAGUUGAUGUCCUGAAGAGCUUGAACCUCGGAUAUAAAAUUGAUGUCAGAGGCCUGACAGAGUUAAAGGGAAAAGGUAUUGAGACCACUUAUUGGUUGGUGGGUAAAGAGGAUUUCACCAAACCUCUGCCUGAUCCUCGAGACCUUCCGGGGGAAUCCACUCAUGUGAUCAGUUUAGAAGAGAUACCCGCCGACAGAAGACAAAAAUUCCUGGAUCGACAGAAGAAGACAAACUAGCCCGUGGUUUUUUAUUGGAAAGUGAUCAGAGGUAGAUCAUUGACUGAAAAGUUGAACAUGCAAUAUCUGACAGCAACUACACACAAGACUAAAGAAAAUUUCCAUAUUAAUCACAUCAAUCAAUCCUUUGCUCUUGUAUGAAAAAAGUAGGUGAAACUGUCUAUGCUCUAUAUGUUUAUUGGAUGUUUUAUACCAAAAAUAGACAAAAGUGACACUGCAGAUCCAAAAAGUGUAGAUUUAUUGAACAGCACAUUUUGCCUAACAGAAAGGCGUAAUGAUGAAAGUGUCUACAAAUAUGAUUACAGUAUUAUGUGUAAUGCUGGUGAACUGUACUGUAUGUAUUUGUACUAA